CAAAAUAUCCAACCACCAAUGCCACCUUAAAAAUCUAUAUUUUUAUUUACAUUUUACAUUAUCAAAAAUAAACAAAAUGCUAUUGUUCCGUAGUGCUUCAUACUGCAAACAGGCGCAUUUGCCAGCCAUCUCCCAUCUCCAUUAUAUCCGACCCACAGGUUCUCGCAUAUUCCACAGCACCACCCAAAAGCAGCAGCAGCAGCAGCAACCACCCACCCCCUUACGUAUUGUAUUCUUUGGCACCAGCGAUUUUGGCAAAAGCAUCCUCAGCCACCUCCAUGAAUCCCAGCACCAGGGAACGCAAAACACACAGAAAACACAGUUAAUCCGGGAACUCCUCGUAGUCUGUCCACCCAGCGCAAUACCCCGAAACCCCCAAUCCACUUAUAAAAAAAAACACCAGCAACCCACCGUUGUUUGGGAGUCGCCAGUGGACGCAUACGCGCGCGAAUUUGAUCUUCCUACAGAGCAUGUGCAAAGCCGAAACCUCAACCGCUGGGUGUUUCCCUAUACAGGGGGGCGGUUUGACCUCGCAGUGGUUGCCGGAUACGACGCCGGGAUUCCCCCUGCUCUCGCAGGGCAGUUUCCCAGGGGCGUGCUCAGCGUACACGCGUCGUUGCUGCCUAAAUACAGGGGCGCAGAGCCAGUGGCAGCGGCAAUUAUGGCAGGGGACUCUGUGACUGGCGUCACGGUGUGCGAGUAUGAUUGUGCGCAGAUGGACGGCGGCCAAGUACUGGCGCAAAUCCCUCUGCCACUGUCGCCAACGAUGACCCGGUCGGACAUCCUGCGGGAUCUCGGGCACUUGGGCGGCCAAUUAUUAGUCAAGUGCCUAGAGAACCUAGAUUUUGUACGCGCGCAUUCGGUUGAACAGGAUCACAAGAGGGCUUCGUGGGCGCCGGUGUAUGCGCGAGAGGAGGCAAGGGUGUGUUGGGAACGGAUGGGCGCAGAGGAGAUAGUGCGCCGGUACCGUGCGUUCCACGGACUAUGGACAAUGCAUACGGUGCUGCGCAAAAAAUCCCAGAUGCGUGAGCUGUUCCUCCACAAGCUCUACCUGCCCGAAGAGCCGCCCGUGAAGCUACCAGUGGGCUCGUCCACCCCGAUCAACCCACUGGAGCCCCUGGAUCCCAAGUGGGCGAAUUAUCCGCCUGGGUCAAUGUUUUACCGCCGCAAGAUUCCGUAUUUGGAAGUUCCCUGUGUGGAUGGCCGAAGACUGCAUGUGCGUAUGCUGAAGGUCAAGGGCCGGACUAUGAUGACUGCGCUACAGUUUGUUAAUGGGUAUUUGAGAAAAUCCGGCGCUAUGCGUAUGCUGUCGGAACCGGUUGGGUCGAAGAUGCUAACGCCUGACUUUGUUUACCCUGUUGGCCAUCCGAACUAUGUGGAUCCUGAGGACAGGGAGAGGAGGCGGAGGGAGCGGCUGAACCACAGGCGCGCGGAGAAGGCGUGCGAUGGCCAUGAGGACAACGAGAAUGAUGCCAAGGAGGAUGGUGAUGAGGAGGUGGACCAUGACGACACGCAUUUCGACGUGCUCGAAGAAAUCGACGAAGACACGAUCGACAGCGACAGCGACAAUGGGCCAGUGGACCGCCCGCAGCCUGCAGCCCGCAAAUGAAAUAAACAUACAGCAAUAUAUCAAUUGAAA